ACUCAUCACUCCAAUACGCAAGCAAGUCGCUCGGUGCCUUGACGUCUGUGUAUGUGGGUGACUAUAAUACGACAGAAUACAUGGGACUCUCAACACCCAUCACCACAGUAUUCCUACGACUAACCCUACGCUGCCAACAUGUUCCUCUCUCUCACUUAUAACCUCGAUCUUCCUAUUUAUCCCCUCAUUUGAAGCCAUCUCUCAAAGGUUCCAUGGUCUCACCGCCCUUCAGCCGGUAUCUAUCCAACCUCGAGUUACGACCUCGACCUUACUCGACCACCCACACCUCACCACACUCUCAACACCAUAGCAACACCACUCACAACCUCUCUCAACGAUCACGAUGCCCUGCCAACUCUGCCACCACGACCCCUCCACCUCCUCCCCCCGCCCCUACCACUGCCCUACUUGCGUCGCCUCCGCCCUCCACCCCCAUCGCCUCUCCCUCGCCAGCAUCCUCCUCUCCAACGACGCCCUACGCACCCGCAUCGACGCCGUGCUCGCCCCGCACACCUCACAGUCCGCCACGGACCUUGCACCGGGGAACCUCAACCUCGCGCUGAGCGGGAACGUUAGCGUCCUAGGUGACGGUGCCGGCGGAGGAGGGGGUGGGGGAGCCGGGUUCAUCGACAUGAACGAGGCUGCGCGCGCGGAGGGGUAUCGGCGGUUGCGAGUGGAGAUCCGGGAGGCGGACGAGCGGGCGGGGGAGGCGCGGCGGCGGGCGGACGGGCUAAAGCGGGAGGUGGAGGGGAUGCGUCGGGAGGUGGACCGGCGGCGGGAGGGGUUGCGACGGCGGCGGGGGGAUGGGGAGAGCGCGCGACAUGGGUUGGGGAAGAGGGAGGAUGGGGCGGUGGAGGAAGGGAGGCGGGGGGGAGGGCGGGGGGAGGUGAAGGGGACGGCCGUGAUGAGGGCGGCGGUAGGGGCGAGACGGGUGCUGUGUCGGGAGUUGGGGGAGUUGGCGGGGUUGAGGCGGAAGAGAAGGCGGGGGAGGGAUGGGGCGGUGAGGGAGGAGUGGACGGUGGGAGGGAUGAAGGUGUGGGAUUUGCGAGAUAUGACCGCUGCCGACCCCCACCGCCUCACCGCCUCCCUCACCCACCUCGCCUACCUCACCGUCCGCGCCUCCCACUACCUCGGCCUCCGCCUCCCCGCCGAAAUUACCCUCCCCCACCGCGACUACCCCCUUCCCACCAUCCUCCACCCCAACUCCUCCUACCGCGCCACCGUCAUCCCCUUCCCCGGCACUAUCCCCACCACCUCCCCCUCCGCCUCCACCACCACCGCUGCCAAAACCCCCCGCGACACCCCCGUCCCCCGCCUUCUCUUCCUCGACAAAUCCCUCCCCGAGCUCCACAAGUCCGACCCGUCCGCGUUCAAGAACUUCGUCGAGGGCGCCGCCCUGCUGGCAUGGGAUGUUGCGUGGCUGUGCCGCGCCGAGGGGGUCGGCUUCGUCGACCGCUGGGAUGAGAUCAGCAACGUCGGGCGCAAUCUGUAUCAGUUGUUGGUCGUCGGGACGCGCGCGGAUACCGCGGGACGCGCGCCGGUGUCGUUGCCGCCGCGGUCGACGUCGCAAACACCACCGCCAUCCGCGAUGCCGGUGGGUCGUCAGGGGACCGAGCUCCCGUCUGCGGGCCGAGAGAACGGCGCGAGCAGCCCUACCACCACGCCCGACGCCGCGUACACGCCCUCGUUCGGCACGUAUAGUCACGGCACGGCGCUAGCGUUCUUCGGGGGGGCGACGCCGACGACGUACAUGCAGGGGUGGACGCACCGGUUGCCGAGCGCGUAUAUUGAUAAGGUGCGGGGGUGUUUGGUGGAGCGGAUCAAGGGGGCGGAGUGGGAGGUGUUGGAUGGAAAGUGGGUGGAGGAGAUGAUGGAGGAGGGGGUUGGGGGGGAGGGGUUGGUGGUUGGGACGACGGGGGUGGAGAGGGGAGAGGAGGAGGAGGAGGGGAAGGGGAAGGCGAAUGGGUGGAUGAGGGUGGAGGGUAGGGGGAACGAAGGGAAGUAAGGUGGAGGUCCGGUUGAUGAGUGCAAGACGUUGGAGGAUUGUUUCGGAUUGUGGAUGUGAUGUUGGCAGUUGACACUUGAUCCUCAGAGACUAACAUUGAACCUCAACUUCUGAAGCAAGCCGGCUACCUGGAGAGAGCUAAUGACUUUACUACCUUAUGAAUUGGACAUUUGAUAUUCCUUGGGCAUAUCAAGAGAGGACUUCAUCGCUAUGCACUGGUUUGAG